CAUUCAACAAGAACAACAACUGCCUCUCAAUACAGCUUAGCCGCUUAGUUAACACCAAAGUGCGGACUAAUUUUCAGCAAUCAAAACGCUCUUUUGCAUUAAGAGCCUCGUCAGACUGUCUUUAUAGUUUGAGACAAAUGAUUGCUUUGAGCAAUCAAAUAAAAUUUAUCGUACAGCUAUUGUUAUGUGUCAGGCCGCGGCGACGAGCUAACGACGCGUUUCCAUUUACUGUAAAUUUGCUUUGUUUAUAAAUCAUGCAUUAUUUUUACCACCAGCAUUUCUGAACGGGAGUGAUUUAUACGGACUUGACAUCUGCUAGUAUGUUAAAGGUGCAGUCAAACCUCUCUGUGAGAGAGGGCAAAAAAGGAUGAUCUUGAAGAUUUAACCAACAAUCAUAGACCAACUAUGCCUCAAAGGAAGAGAGCCCUUGUGCCCAUUAGUACGUGGAGAAGAGUUAAAGUUGAUGAAGAUUACUUCCCUUUUAAUUCACUACCGGUGGAAUGUCAGCUCCAUGUGCUGUCAUUCCUUAGUGAGGUGGACAAGUGCAACUGUGCGCUAGUGUGUGUAAGCUGGAGUUGCCUAGCACGCUCUGGAAAGCUGUGGAGAGUUGCCGACUAUUCCCGCCGUGGCGUGUUUCAUCUCGGCCAGGAAGGGCUGCUUGUUUCCAACAGAGAGUUUGAGCGCUGGAAAUCAUGGGUACACAAUUACACUCAUCAUCUUAUAUCUCGUGGGGCUAGUUUGCUUACACUUAAGGCCAGUUUUGAUCUAGGGGACCAGUGCAAUAAAUGGGGCGAGCUCCUCUCACACCUGCUUGAGAAUGUCCAUUGCCGAGAUCUCAGUCAUUUAGAUUUAAAUUGGACGUUCACGCUGCUGGAGCCCCUUGACCUCCGUGUUCACACCAGUUCUAGUUCACAUCAAGACAAUAUAACCAAGAUGGACCAAGUCAAUAACUUCCAGAUUCUUCUUUCCAGACUUGUCCACAGUUGCUCCAGGAUAGCCAAAAUGCGUCUGCACUUUGACUGGUCCGAAACAUCGGUUGCGUUGAUUACUCAGUUUCAACACCUCCGUAUCUUAGAACUGAAGUACUUUUGGGUCUUUAAAGGUGUCAGCCCAAACACUUUACAGACACUGACUAAAUCGCUGCCUAAUCUUAAAUCCCUCACUCUCCAUGUUCUUGUACCACUGCGGAACUUGGGCAUCUCAUACACCCUUGAAUCUCUGUCUCUUGAGUUCUUGGAUGUGUCACCCAGUCGUGGUCUGGUCUUCUCCUGCCUCAACCUCCCAGCGCUGCGAGAGCUGCGGGCCAAAAAGAUUGUCCGAGGUAUAACUCUGGACCGCCGAACCAGACUCCAGAUACAGAGCCGAUGGCCUUGCCUGUAUCAGGUCUUGCGUGAAGGGACACCUAAACUACAGGCCCUUAAUAAUGAAAGACUUCUUCCCAACUGGAAAGAGCAAAGUUACAGAGAACUAACCUCAAUCCUCCAGCAAUCUUGCUACUGUCUUCAGCAUUUAGACAGCUGGCUCUGGUGAAAUCAAGUCUUAAUCAAUCAUAGGCUACAUGAAAUGUCUUGAAGUGACACAGUCACAUCCUGACUGCACUUUGAAAUGAAGAAAACCAAAAUUUGAAGGACCAAAAUAUCAUUAGAUAACACAAUUUGCAUAACCACAAUCAUCUUCUCUAAUUAAAAAUUCUUUGAGCUGUAAUCUAAUUAUGCACUAGCUACCCUUGCCAGCAACACAAGAGUAAUUUAUUUACAUUUAAAUAUAGGCUUUUUUUUUUUUUUUUACCUUAAAACUGAUGCCUGAAAAGAAAACAAUGUUACAGUUUUGGCUUGUGUAGUGCUAUCAAGGUUUAAACGAAGAGUUUCUGAACAGAAGGCCUUACAGAAGUGUGUGCAUUUUUUUAAGAACUUAGUUGAAUUCAGGAAAAUAGUUCUAUUGUGCAAAAGAAGCCAGCUAUGUGGACAAAGCGGAUUGCAGGAAGCAUGUGUUGAUCACAUUGACAAGAACUUUUAUUCCUUGCAACAUUUCAGUCCUUUUGUAUUUCAGUAGGAAUUAUCAAGUUUAUUUUUUUUUGCCUUUAUUUGUGUGUAUCUCUGUCCUGAACUAGAUUUUAUUUCAGUGAGUAUUCAGCAAUCUUUGUACAGUUUAAGUAUUUCUUAUAUUCUGAUAACAUUCCUCUGUAUAUUUCAGGCCGUGCUCAAGCAUUUCAGACUUUCACAUCUUCAGACAAUUUAGCAUUUUAGUAUUAUUUCUUUCAUACUGGAAUUUAAGUGGAAAGAUUAGAUUUUUAUUAAGCCUAAUGUUUGGGUAUUUUAAGGUUGGUCAUAUGGGUGAGAACAUGUAUUGCAUUGUAUCCAGAUGUUUUUCCUUGGUUGUGGCAAAUCUCUUACAUAAUAUAAUUAAAGGCACAACAGUAUUUGAGUUUAGGACCUUCUAAAGUAGUGAGUAAAACCUUGUAACUACUCUAAAUUAAAUGCUAAUACAUAUUUUAUGUUAUAAGGUAUCCGUUGUCCCAUGCAUAAGCCUACAUUGUGAUGAAAUAUGCAGCGUUUUGUGCUAACCAUGAAAAUAAAUUUUAAAGACUUGGUGUGCUUUCAAGUUUGUCAUCUGGAUAAUGUUUUGUUUAACUUUAUGAAAUUAAAAUAUUGCGUUUAGCCUAAAAAACUAAUAGACCAAGUCAUAUAAUUAAUUUCAUGUGGAUAAAAGAAACUGUUGUGAUGACCUGCAGUUGCAUUUGUAAACUAUAUUACCCAAUGGAUGAAUUGUGUGAUUUGUGUGCAGUACCUGAUGUUCGUCCACUGGAGGUCACAAUACUCUUUCCUUUUCUAACUGUUUUGUUUCUUUCUUGCCAUCCAUAAAAAAGUUUUCUGUUUUCUGCAGUGGUGCUAUGAUAAAACAAUUCUGUGUAUUGACUGAAAUUGGAACUGCUAUAAUAAAUUUAGAUAAUUUUACUGAAUUAUAUUUAUCCUGUUAUAUUUUACAUUUUAUUAUUACCGUAAAAUAAAGGUUAUGGCCAUAUAUUUUUA